GUCACUCUUUUUAUAUCAGGAUAGGGAAAAACAUUACGCAUUACGUUACAGAGGCGGUUUUCCAAUUCAAUAUCGAAAAGAAGGCUCCACCCAAAGAACGGGGCAUCCCAAAGCCGCUUUAUUGGUAUACAGCGUCACACCUAAAGGGUUGUUGGUGUAUUCCCUCUUGAGUAGUCAAAUAUCCGACUGCCCCUGAAGCUAGCAUUCCUCCAUCAGGACCCUGUUGCCAACUUUAUUUAUUUUUUACCCUCCGGAGGCGGGGUCCUUCUUGCUAACCACUUGCAAUACCAACCAAGAAAAGGCUUAGACAUCACUAUCACACACAACCCAAGAGAAACGACCAUGAAGUUGUCCAUAAUUCGCAGUGCUUGCGGCAGCCUCCGGAUGCAUCCAGCCCGUCCAGUGAGCGGGGUCAGCGGCUUGUCGCGUAGAUGCCACCCGGCCGGUCCGACCCACAGCCGGCUGAUCCUCCGGGCGGCGAGCGCCGCUUCGAGCGGAGGUGCCAACCCGGUACCGGCCGUCCACUUCGGGAAACCACCCCGAAAGGAGGACGGCUUUGAGUACGACAGUUCGUUGAGCGAGGUGGUUCGGAGCACCAAGGAGGCUAUGCUGGCUCUGCAGAGAAGAAAUUCAACAGCGCAGCCUUUGUUAGCCAUUAUACAGGCAGGUGAAGAUGACCGCUUGUUGGAGAUCAGCAAGAAAAUUGCAGCAAGGAUUGGCUUAAACAUCACCCAGAUUUGUCUGGCAAAGGAGUGCAGUGAAGAUGAAAUCGUAGAAGAGGUGUUGAAGCUCAACGAAGACCCGGGUGUGCACGGAGUCUACCUCCACCUCCCGCCUGCUUCACUCACCAGUCGGGUGUUGAACACACUCAAACCCGAGAAGGACGUAGACGGGAUAUCCGAUCUGAAUAUGGGCCGUCUGGUGCGAGGAGACAUGAGUAAAGGCUUUGUGCCGCCCGUUGCCAGCGCUGUCCUCGCUCUGCUGGAGAAACAUGAUGUUCCUUUGGAAGGGAAAGCUGUGCUGAUGGUCGGAGGAGAAGGGCCCUUCGGGGUGGCCCUGCAGUGCCUGAUAGAAAGAAGUGGAAUGGUGGUUUCCAAGAGUCACUGGAGCUCCAAGAACCUUCAGAGUCAGGUGAUGCAGGCGGACGCUGUGGUCCUAUUAGGAGCUGAGAUUGUGGAUUUCCCCUCCACCUGGGUCAAACCAGGGGCCUCCGUCAUCCGCUGCACGCCGACUCUGGAGACAGAUGAACAUGCCAUUGGGAUGUCCUCAAACGUUGGGUUGGGGGCCCUCACAGCCGCAUACCGAACACAGAACGUGGUGCGUAGUUGCGAUCGGCGGCUCCAGGAGCAGCAGUACCAACCCUGGCAUUUACGCAGCCUCAAACUGCAGCCCCUGACCCCUGUGCCAAGUGACAUAGAGAUCUCCAGAGCUCAGACGCCCAAACCAGUGGAGCAGCUGGCUGAGGAGAUUGGUUUGCUGCCAGAAGAGCUUGAAGCUUACGGCAGGAGCAAAGCAAAGGUCCGACUCUCUCUGUUAGACCGCCUCCAGGAACAGCCCGAUGGGAAAUAUGUGCUGGUUGCCGGUAUAACUCCCACUCCACUGGGCGAAGGCAAAAGCACGGUGACCAUUGGCCUCGUCCAGGCCCUCACUGCCCACCUUAAGCUCAACUCCUUUGCCUGUCUGCGACAGCCUUCCCAGGGACCCACCUUUGGGGUCAAAGGGGGAGCUGCAGGAGGGGGAUAUGCCCAGGUCAUCCCGAUGGAGGAGUUCAACCUCCAUCUGACUGGUGACAUUCAUGCCAUCACAGCAUCCAACAACCUGGUGGCAGCAGCCAUCGAUGCCAGAAUGCUUCACGAGGCGACGCAGUCAGACAAGGCCCUGUACAAUAGACUCGUACCCACGGUGAACGGAGUCAGAAGAUUUUCACCCAUCCAAAUCUCCAGGCUUCGUCGUCUAGGGAUUAAUAAAAUGGAUCCCGCAUCUCUGACACCCCAGGAAGUCAGCACCUUUGUUCGUCUUGACCUUGACCCCUCAAAGAUCACCUGGCAGAGAGUUGUUGACACGAAUGACCGUUUCUUGAGGAAGAUCACAGUGGGACAGGCGAGCACUGAAAAAGGACAGAUAAGAGAGACCGGGUUCGAUAUCGCAGUGGCCAGCGAGAUCAUGGCCAUCCUGGCUCUGGCGGACGGCCUGGAGGACAUGAAAAGGCGUCUGGCGCGCAUGGUGGUGGGCACCAGUCGCUGUGGAGAACCCGUCACCGCAGAGGACCUGGGCGUGAGUGGAGCGCUGGCCGUGUUAAUGAAAGAUGCCAUUAAGCCCACGUUGAUGCAGACCCUCGAGGGUACGCCAGUGUUUGUGCAUGCUGGGCCCUUCGCCAACAUCGCCCAUGGCAACUCCUCCGUGCUGGCAGACAAGCUGGCUUUGAAGUUGGUUGGACGGGACGGCUUUGUGGUGACGGAGGCUGGAUUUGGGGCGGACAUCGGGAUGGAGAAGUUCUUCAACAUCAAGUGCCGGGCUUCAGGCCUGAGGCCCGACGCGGUGGUGCUGGUUGCCACGGUGCGAGCGCUGAAGAUGCACGGCGGGGGACCCAAUGUGUCGGCUGGGGCACCGCUUCCCAGAGAGUACAUUGAUGAGAAUCUGAGUCUCGUCGCAGGCGGUUGUCGAAGCAAUCUCAGGAAGCAGAUCCAAAUUGCUCACCUGUUUGGGGUACCAGUCGUGGUGGCACUCAAUGUCUUUAAGACCGACACCCAGGCAGAGAUUGACCUCGUGUGUCAGAUCGCCAAAGAGUGCGGCGCGUCAGACGCCGUGCCGUGUCACCACUGGGAGCUGGGCGGCCGAGGCUCCUUGGACCUGGCCCAAGCUGUGAAUGAGGCGGCCAGCAGGCCCAGCAGCUUCCAGUUCCUCUACAACAUCGAGAUGCCGAUCACAGAGAAGAUCAGAACAAUCGCACAAAAGGUAUACGGCGCUGACGACAUUGAGCUUUCUCCAGAGGCCAAGGACAAGAUAGAUUACUACAAUCAACAGGGAUAUGGUUCGUUGCCCAUCUGCAUGGCGAAGACUCACCUGUCCCUGUCCCAUAUGCCCAACAAGAAGGGCGUACCCACUGGAUUCGUUUUGCCCAUCAGAGAGGUCCGCGCCAGCAUCGGGGCUGGUUUCAUCUACCCGCUCGUGGGAACGAUGAGCACCAUGCCCGGCCUGCCAACCCGACCCUGUUUCUACGACAUCGACCUCGACCCGGUCACAGAGGAGAUCACCGGGCUCUUCUGAGCGUGCUUCAAUCAAAGAAAGCAGCAGCAGCAGCAGCAGCAGCAUCAUCAACAACAAACAAAAAAAAGUGUAAAAGUUUGUUUGUACGACCGCAUUCACUUAGUGCCAAGGCUCUGGUCUGGAAGGAGACACUCCACUCUCACUAAUACACACUUAAAAGCGUCAUCCUGGUUUUUAUUCCUAGAUCCAUCCACCACAUCAUUGACCUGAAACACCUUCUUUCCUCCCAGCAGCCCAAACGGACUCUAAACCAUAGGAGCUCUGAGAGUAAAGCUGUGUGUAACGUGCCAAAGAUGAACAUCUGAGAACCGUAUCACGUUUGUCUCGUAGGCUGCAUGCAUUUGAACCUCCGUGUUUGUUUUGUUUGUAUGAAAGGGUCAAUUUAAGUCGUUAAGUUUACUAUCAUGUGUUUUCAUGAACUUUCAAUUUUUAUUUUGGAACUUUUAUUUUUUGGAGGAAAUUAUAGCAUUUAAAUGUUAUUUUAAAAUUGUGCUUCAUUUUCUACAUGUCUUAUGCUCUCCAAUUGAAUAAAGCAUGGCUUGUUUGUUUUUUAACAAACUUUUUUUUUUAACCAAAAACCAUAACUGUUUAUUUCACCAUGCUGACUGUCCAAAACAUUCAAUUUAGAUCUUUCAUUUUAAAGUUUCUUUUGAGAUACUAAGAUUGUAUGUGUUGAAAAACAAUUGUCUCUUGCAAAUGUGAUGUGUUAACAGCUGUUUAUUAAAAGAAAUGGCAAUCUCUGUCUGAAAGGUCUUUACUG